AUCAGUUGGAGGCAGCGUCUCACACUGCGCGGACCCGUGGCCAGGCUCAUUAUGGCGGCCGAGAGGUGAGGGCGAACAGUGAGCAGCUGAUCUCAUCUAUCAGCAUUUGGACCUCCAUUAUAACAAACCUUGCUUGUUUGUGUGGUAGGUCAUCAAGAAGGUCCUGACUGGAUCUUAUUGGAGUUUGCUGAGACCAAGUCUUCCCAUGGAUCCAAAUAUCCAAAGUUCUUUCCUGUUCAACAACAGCCUCAACCAGUUUACCAGCGAGAUUAAGGCGCCAGUAUGCCAGUACUCGGUACCAAAUUCGUUCUACAAGCUCAAUUCGGGCCUCAGCAGCCAGCUGCCACCGGGGACUCCGCAUGGCAUCAGUGACAUUCUGAGCCGCUCCAUGGUGGGGAUGGGCUCUACAGGCACGACCAACACUUUACACCCCGGCUACUCUACCGUGGGGGGUUUUGGCCCACCCGUCUCCAGCACGUCCAUGUAUUAUGGCCGAGACUACAGCUCCACCUUGAAUGCUUUGGCCAAGACCGGCACCGAGUGCCCCAUGAAGGGUCGCGGCUUGAGCUGCUGGGCCGAAAGCGGCUGCGACUGGAGAGGAGGCAAGCAGCAGUGCGCCAACAGUGGUCCUUUGGGGGAGAUGUCAGGUCGGAAGAAGCACACCAGGCCAACCUUCAGUGGACAUCAGAUCUUUGCGCUGGAGAAGACUUUUGAGCAGACUAAAUAUUUGGCAGGGCCUGAGCGGGCCAGACUGGCUUAUUCUUUGGGCAUGACUGAAUCUCAAGUCAAGGUUUGGUUCCAAAACCGCCGCACCAAGUGGAGGAAGAAGAGCGCGUCCGAGCCUAGCUCCACGCAAGCCCACUCGGGGCAGGCCGGGGAGACCUCGGACAACGAGGUGGAGGACGAGGAGUACAACAAGCCCCUGGAUCCAGACUCUGACGACGACAAGAUCCGUUUACUUUUGCGCAAACACCGCAGAGCUUUCUCAGUCCUGCGCCUCGGGCCUCAUCACGUUUGAAGCAUGCUCGAAAAGAUACACAUUUAACAAGGGGUGUGCAGAGUUGGGGCAACUCACAGUGUCACACAUCCACCGGUCAAUGAAAAUUUUGAAUGACGGUGUGCCGGUACAACUAUUGGCUGUUUGGGCAUCCAUCCGCUUUUGAUAGAAAUAUUCAUCAAACUCAAAAAUUUCCACUGAUGGAUAUUUUCAUCAAGCUCAAAAAUUUCCACUCCCCAACCGACUAAAUAAUCUUCUGGAGCAUAAUACGCGGCCAAUUACCCCGGGCAUCUAGCAAGUUUCACACGCCA